AAGCAAACUACACUUUUUGUAAAGGCAAGCAGUUGGCGGCUGGCAAAAAGGAUUGUCUGGCUGUAUGGUGACAAAAAAAGGCUGUUGUUAUGUGUCUUCAGCUCUGAGUUCAAACCACUCACACCUGAGAGAGCUGGAUCUGAGCUACAAUCACCCAGGAGAUUCAGGAGUCAAACUACUCACUGAAAAACUGUUGGAUUCAACCUGUUCAUUGGACAAACUGAAUGUGGAUCAUGGAGGAGAAUCCCGGAUUACAGCAGGACUAAAGAAAUAUGCCUGUUUUCUCACACUGGAUCCAAACACAGCAAACAAAUAUGUCAGACUGUCUGAGGAGAACAGAAAGAUGACACGAGUGUAUGGGAAUCAGUGGUAUCCUGAUCAUCCAGACAGAUUUGGUAGUGUGUAUCAGGUGUUGUGUAGAGAGAGUGUGUGUGGACGCUGUUACUGGGAGAUUGAGUGGAGUGGACGUGUGUUAUUAUCAGUGUCAUUUAAGAGCAUCAGCAGGAAGGCAUUGGGUAAUGAGUGUGUGUUUGGAUAUAAUGAUCAGUCCUGGAGUUUGUUCUGCUGUGACUCCAGUUACUCAUUCAUACACAAUAAUAUAGAAACUCGUCUCCCUGUAGAACCCAUCAGUCAUAGAGUAGGAGUGUAUGUGGAUGUGAGUGCAGGAACUCUGUCCUUCUACAGCGUCUCUGACACAACAAGACUCAUCCACACAGUCCAGACCACAUUCACUCAGCAGCUCUAUCCUGGGUUUAGAGUCGGUAAUAAAUCAUCAUUGAAACUGUGUUGAUGAACCAGAAUAGACUGAUGAGAGAUUCUACCCAUAAUGCUUUGAGCUGCAUGAUAAAUCAUUAAGAGUGAGAUGUUAUUGAGUCUCUUCAUGACAUUAAUACUGCAGCUCAACUUCUGUCAGAACAGUCAGAAUAAAUGUGUCAGAAAUCCUUAUAAAGACGGUAUGAUCAGUGUGUGUGUCCAUAUUUUUUGUAACAUAUUAAAUGUUAUAAAUAUUAUGUUUUUUACAAUUUCUAGGACGCAUUUUUCAAUACUUUUCCUCAAUAAGUCACUUUUUCAAAACUCUUCACAGUUGUCUUGAACAUCUUUCAACUUGACACAGCAGCUUAUUUCACAUUCAAAAUGCACUAAAACUACCAAAACACUUCAUUAAAGUCUCAAAUCAAUCAUUGUUCCAUAACUCUAGCAAAGGUUUUUACAAAAAAAAAAAAAAAAAAGCACACUUUAUCACUCAACAACGUAAAAACACUGACAUGUAGAAUGCUACAAUGUUUUCUUUUGUAAAAUUUCUUUACAAAACAAAAAUGAUACUCUCUACUGUUUAGAAUUCACUGCAGUAUUGAAGGAGUGGAAUUCUGGAUUGAACUGGGACUUCAUAAUAAUAUGAAUUAUUAUUUCUUGUGUUAUUAUUAACCUCCUAGAUUGUUUGAUUGAAUAAAGUUAGCAGGUAAAACAUAUAUUAGUAGUUACAGACUAUGGUAAGUUUACCAUGGUGUAGCAUCUCCUCUUCUUUUCAAAACGGUUUGAAGAUGUCUAGGUUUUGAGUUUCUGGAGUUUUGGUGUUAGAAUUUGGUCCCAUUCUUGCCUGAUACAAGUUUCCAGCUGCUGAAGAGUUCAUGAUCAUCUUUGACAUUUUUUUGUUUAAUGAUGUGCCUAACUCUUUCACUCUAUAGGUGAAAGAUCUGCCUUCCAAAACAUGCAAGCUGCCCAUACCAUAUGCACUUAUGCACCCUGAUGAUGUUAAGAGUACAUAUGCACCAAAUAAGAAUGUGUAUUUUGUGCCUUUUGCAUUGAUUUGCCUUGAUAUUACGAUGGUGUAAUUGUUGUAAGAACAAUUUACAUGUAUUGAAAACACUGAAUGUGAAAUCAUUUUGUUGCAGGGAAAAAUAUUUACAUUG